AUGAUGAGCUUCGUCGUGACGUUGGCGAAGAUAUCACAGUCAGGAUAUUCUAAAGAGAUGAUCAAGGAUUACACUUUCUCUGUAGUUCAAUUGAUGCAUAUGCUUUUCAUGACACUGCAGGGUCAGUCUGUAGUGAACUCAAACGAUGCUGUCAUCGAAUCAGUAUACGAGGCGUUGUGGUAUAAUGUUAAUAAGAAGACACGAUUGUUGCUUGUACUUGCAUUAAGAAAUUGCAUAAGUCCUCCUACUCUGUCAGCAGGCGGAAUGUUUAUCCUGAAUUUGGAAAGUUUCUCAAAUAUUAUGAAAGCUUCUCUUUCAUAUUUUACGGUAUUGAGGUCAUCAUAA